AUGGCCAAAAAACUGACAUGCAAGCAGUGCGACGAGAAAAAGCCAACCUGCACCAAUUGUCGACAGCAUGCCGUCAUCUGUGAUUAUGCCACUGAAUCAGCUGCACCAUCUCGACCUUCGCGACGACAAUAUCGAUUCAAACAGUCAAGAUACGAGGUCGAGACCGGCUCAUCCAAUACCACAGACACCAGCAUACAGCCAUCUAGUCCAGUCGUCCUCAGCGGACCGGCUCCCCCUCCCCCUCUGGAGAGCAUCUCCCUGGCAGACCUGCAGCUCUUCCACCACUUUGUCACCUCAACCGCCAGCACCGUGACAGACGGACACGACCCCAAACACCUCUGGGACAUCCACGUCCCGCAAUGGGGCUUCGCCUUCCCGUCCAUCUUGCAUCUCAUCCUCGCGCUCUCCGCCCUCCAUCUGGCGCACAAGCAGCCGGCCAUGCGCGCUAACUACCUGAAACAGGCAGACGACCAUUUCACCUUCGGCGUGCGCUCCGUGACCACCGUGCUGUCCAGCCUGAACCAGGAGAACUGCCAGUACAUCUACAUCUCGGCCAUGCUGAUCUGCCUCGUGUACUUUGGGCAUGGGCCGCGCGCGGGCGAGUUCCUCGUUUUUAGCGAGACCGGGCAGGCGGAGUGGCUGGUUCUCAUGCGCGGUGUGAGAUCGAUUGUGGAGUCGAGGCGUGCGGAGAUCUUUUCCGGGCUGUUGGCGCCUGAAGCGCUGGAAGGGGAGGCGCGGUUGGACUCGGAGCUGGCGGACGAGCUGGAGCGGCAUAAGGGCCGGAUCCGGGGCGUCCAGGGGUUAAUCCGUGCGGAGACGAUCGACACCGGGGUCACGGAGAUGUACGAUUCUGCCUUGGAUAGUCUGCAAGAUACCUUUGACGAGGUAUAUCGGAUGAGAGGCGCCGGGGAGCAUGGGGUGAAUUUGAUGCCUAUGGUUAUUGGGUGGAUAUAUCGGCUUUCGGAGCGAUUCGUCGGGUUGCUGGAGGUGAAGGAUGCGCUUGCGCUGGCCAUCCUGGCCUACUGGGCUAUUCUUUUCAAGUACAUGCAAUCCUCGUGGCUGAUGACGGGGUGGGAUGAGCAUGUUCUGUCGGGAAUCCACGCCUCUCUGCGAGAGGAGCACCUUGGUUGGAUUCGGUGGCCGACAGAGUGUAUAUUCGGGGACACAGAGAAGAUUGACAUUCCGGCCAACUCUAGCAAGCGAUUGCUCCAAGCCUAG